CUUACCUCCCUUGACAGUAUAUUUCUUUGGCCAUGGAUGAAAAAUGUCAAACACUCGUGAAAAGAAGACAAAAAGAAGAAAAUUAAGUUGCUGAAAUCGCAAAGGAUGCAAAAGAAAAAAAGAACAAAGAACAGGAAACUGUGGAUAAUAGAGAAGUUGCAUCAGCUGAAGCAGCAACCACCAGUUGCCAUACUGGAGAUUUUCAGUUGGAGCCAAUGGAACUACCUCCUUUUGAAAUAAUUACAGGGGACAGGAUAGAUCCUUUUAUCUAUAAGUUCCAGUUCAAGAAUGUUGAAUACUCUUCAGGACGCAACAAGACCUUACUUUGUUACUUGGUGGAUAAAGGAAACACAUCAGAUGGACUGCUAAGAGGCUACCUGGAGGAUGAACAUGCUGGGACUCAUGCUGAGGAGGCCUUCUUCGCUCAGUGUUUGCCACAUUGCAACCCUGCAGUCAAAUAUACAGUCACCUGGUACGUGUCCUCCAGUCCCUGUUCAACUUGUGCUACAAAGAUAGCUGAACUAUUGACGGACCGGAAAAAUCUUAAGUUGAAUAUCUUUGCUGCUCGGCUGUUUGAGUGGGAGGAAGGAGAGAUCCAGGCUGGGCUGAGGACCCUGCACGCUGCAGGCUGUAAACUGAGGAUGAUGAAGCCUCUAGAUUUCUCUUACACCUGCGAUACAUUUGUUGAGAAUGAGGAUCAGCCUCUGAAUCUGUGGGAGGACUGCAAAGAAAAUUACGAGUAUUACCAUGAAAGACUGUCUGAUAUUCUAACACCAUAAAUUCUCAUUUUUAGCAUUUUGCCUUUUUUAGAGCUAUAAAGUUAUGCAGUGAUACUAAAUCUGUUAUCUGCUUUGGCAUUAUUUAUCUUUAAAUAACUUCUUUACAGUUCAGAUCUGGUACAGAGAGAUACACAGACAGAAACAGAGAUAUUUUUCAUAACAAAAGCUGAAAAUCCUAAUUAAAAAAUUUAUGUAUGUGUGGAUCUAGCCUUAGUGUCGGUAGAAAACUGGGAUUUAUGAGAUGGCCACAGUUACUAAUGUUGCUUUAAGCAGAUUAUUGUUAUUUGUUUGUUGUUGUUAUCUGAAAUUUUUUACAUUUCAAAUAACAAAGUUUCACUGCUCUGUCACCAGUUUACAGUAAGAAAUAAAAAAUAUAAGGAAAGCAAAUUCAAGCUGCUGGCUCUUUAACUUUUAGUAAAAUUCAUCCAGUUCAGUUGCACUCGCAAGCUCUAAAAACAAAAGAUUCAAAAAUGUUCUCUUCCUUUUUAUGACUAGGAUGAACCGUGAGUAUGGUGCAAGUAACAUGUUAAUAAGAAGUCGUGUUUUUGCUGGAAACAAUCAAGCAAUUGCACACUAAGACCCACAACUAAGGUGCAAUUACCCUGUAAUCACAUGCAAUUUCAGGUAAAAAGUUAGGCUUUUGCAGGAAUCAAUGAAACCAAUGCGCCUUAGUCUAAGGUUUUGGUCUCAUCUGACCAGAGCAACUUCUUCCACAUGUUUGCUGUGUCCCCCACAUGG